AGGAGUUAGCUUCAAUUGAUGGAAGUUUUAUCAAGCUUAUAUUCCAACCGACUUUUCCUGUUAAUUCAUCUUCUAAACUUGCCAAAUAACAGAAAGUAUUGAUCUUAUUCGUUUUAUUUUAAGAUUCCGACGUGUAAGUUUUAGUUUCUCCCAUGAGGAAAGCCAUGAGAACCAGAUCAAGUUCCCCUCCUAUUCACGUGCACAUCAGUGAAGCCACACCAGUACACGUCCAUGUCGGGAACCAAAGGACCAGUCCAUCCAGGACACCUCAGGGGAAGUCAAAGACCACCAGGAUAAACCUUUGUCCCACAGCAAAGGUAAAAACACAGGUACCUUGGAUCCCACCAGGAAAGGCCUCCAUUAGGGAAGCUUCAUACAUGUGGGAGGGACCGACACACUGUCUUAAGAUUACACCACCGCUCACUGAACCACAUCCUGAACAGUCUGAGCUGCGACUCAGUGAUCUCACAUUAGAUGAAGAUGAGUUCCUACAAGGACAAAUCAACAAGUAUGAGAGGAAGAUUGACCUCCUGCUGACUGAUGUCAAGAAUCUGAAGAAUGAGGUGGAACUGCAAAAAGAGCAUCUCUUAGAGCGUCAGUCGGAGCAACGUGUGAGUUCUGAGCAGAAAGAGGAGCUGGCCUUGGUUACGAAGGAGCUGGAGGAGACAGAGAAGGACCAUUCACAGUUCCACCGAUCCAUGCUGGAGGAGACGAACGGAGACAUACUGCAGCAGGAUCAGGAUGCUCUGCUCGGGAAGCUGAUAGAAGCCGAGGCAGACAGAGUUAUGGCUGCUCAGCAUGUCUCACAUCUCAAAGAACAUGUCUCCAAACUGUGCAGCACUGGUAGAAAUCUGCCCGAGUCUGCAUCCAUCUUAGCCAAUCAGAAGGAGCUUCUGCUGCAGAAACUGGAGACAUUUGAGGCCACAAACCGAACACUGCGGAAACUUCUGAGAGAGCAGCACAGAUCCCAGGUGGAUUGUAUGCAGCUGUCGGAGCAGAAAACCACUUUACUGAAGAGGCUUGCAGACACAGAGGCAGAAAAUGCUCAUCUUGUGUUGAAACUUGAAGAGAAAGACAAAGAUGUCGAUCAGCUCUGCAGACUUCUGGACACUGAAAAGGAAAAUGCCAAGAGCUCAGCUGAUUUGUCCAAGAGUCUGGAAUCAACAAGAGCUCAUUUACAAGGACAGUUACGUCGUAAAGAAGCAGAGAACAACCGUCUGUCUGUGCAGAUAAAGAACCUGGAGCGAGCAGCCAACCAGCAGAAGGUGGAGAUGGAGCACCUGACGGAGCAGAUGACAGGACUGAAGCAGCAAGCCGGCGCCAACCAGGAGGCUCUAAAACGUGCCACGCGAGCCCAGAAACAGCGAGCUGAGCGCAGCGAGGACACGGCGGGUCAGCUGAGCCUUCAGCUGCUGAACAUGGAGAAGCAGGUGGCAGACGCCCUGUCGGCAGCUGAGGCCUGGCAGAGUCGCCAUGCAGAGGAAGAGGAAGAGAAAAGUAGGCUGGAGACUGAACGGUCGCUGCUGAACAGCAAGAUAACAGGCCUGACUGAGCAGCUGCGAAGCAGUGAGGAUAAAGGCAGGACGGAGAGAGAGACGCUGCUGGGUCACCUGUAUGAACUGACCUCAGAGAGCACCACCACCAAGCUGGAGAACCAGUCCCUUAAGCUUACAGCCGCUGCGGUGGAAGAGAAGCUGUCCUUGUGUCAGUCAGAGCUUCAGCAGGUCAAAGCCUCCAUCAAACAGUAUGAAAGCCUGCUGGACAGCUAUAAGAUGCAGGUUGGAAAAACCCGGGCUGAGGCGGAUGAAUACAGUGCUCGUCUGGCUCAGGCUGAACAAGAGGCCCAGUCGAUUCGAGGACAGCUAGAGCAGGAAAUAGAGGAGGUGCGAAGGGAACUUCUUGGCCGACUGGCGGAGUUGGAGCCUCUACCGGAGGCCUUACGCUGCACCCAGAUCCAGCUGCAGGAGGCUCAGGACAGGGAGAAGAGUCAGGAGAGGCACAACACAGAGCUCAGCACAACCCUGACAGAUCUCCAUUUGAAGAUGGAGACCCAAAGGUACCAAAUGGAUCUUCUCAGACAGAAGAACAAAGUUUUGAUGGAUGAGAACGGACAGCUUCAACAGCAAGUGGGGAGUUUGGAAAGGAAGCUGGAUGAGGCUGGCAGUCAGAGCAGAGACCUUCAAGCAGUUGUGUCCAAGCUGGAGAAGAUUGUCCAAACCAAUCACAAGUCUCUGGAAGAAAAAACAAGAGAAAGUUCUGUAUUGAGUCGGCAGCUGGAGGAGGCUCUGAAUGAUGCUCGUCAGCAGAUGUCAGAGACCCGAGAACGUGCUGACAUCAAAGAUCGUCUCACCCAGUCCAAGAUACUGGAACUACAGAGCCAGCUUAGCAGGACUAACUCAGAAAUCAGCCAGCUGACACGCAACAAGGAGGAGAUGGAGAGACGCUACCAGAGUCAACUGCAGGACAUCAAGGAUCGCCUGGAGCAGUCGGACAGCACCAACCGAAGCCUCCAGAAACUAGUGCAGUUCCUGAAAGCAUCAUAUGCUGAUGUGUUCGGGGACGGGGCCCCAGCGGCUCUUGCAGGCUCUGUCGCCCAUCUCAUAGCGCCUGCUCCACUACAGUACUAUAUGGUCUGCGCCUCGUACCUCUAAAUGUCUCCAGCAGGGACGCUGGCGGAUCAAAAUGUGGUCCAGGAGGUGGAAGGGGAGGGAGAUUGCAGAAGGAGUAGAAGGAGGACGGACGGAUGCCCUAAGAUGAGAAGGUGGAGGUGAAAGGAGGUGAACGAAGAGGAAGAAUUUUUUUUUUUGUCUUGUGGCACUGCUAGAAGAUAAAUGACUCAGAUUGUAAAUCAAAAGAUGUACAUCUGAACUUGAAGUCCUGUUUUCAGAAAGUACAGAAUAUGUGAAAAUGUAUAAAAAGCAUCAUGACGACAUCACUGCUAACAGUGCUUCUCACUAGUUCAAUAAACUACAUGAAAACUG